UCUAAAAAAAAGACCCCUAGUUCGACCUUCACUUUCGGUAUUUCUUACAUUCCAUUGUUCUACAAAUAGAGAGGUUAUGUUUUUUAGAUAACUGUAGCAUCUUUCUUCAUUGUUAAUUGUGGAUCGAGCGUCGCUUUUAAUCUCAGUAUUCGUGUUGUGAGUUGUGUGUCUAAUUUCUAGUGUUGUUACAAUUUUUAUUACAACCUGACUCUCUUUAUUUGUUGUGAUUUUUGAUUACGUAAAUAUAAUUGAAUAAUAUCAAAGAACUGUAUCAAUAUGACAACCGAAAAAAUUAAUUUGAUUGGUGUUCCAAUAGCUAAAAUUAAUGGUCGUAAACUUCCCACUAUAAAAGAAGUUUUAUUAUUAUUUUUUUAUCAUCACAAAGUUCUUCAUCUAAAAGUCAAUGAAAGUGCAAAAAAAACUGCAAAUAUGGUUCAAGAUUGUUGGAAAAAUUUACAAAUUUUAACCUCCGGGCUUCGAAAUACGAUUAACAAAAUACUUGAGUUUUUCAAAAAAUGGCAAUUAUUGCAGUGCAAUAAGAAAAGAAUAAAAUCACAAGCUCAAAAACAAAAAGAAGUGAGUUUUGAACAAAAAAUUCAACAGUUAUUUAAUAUCGCUGGAAAAAACGGUCUAAGAAGUUUGAAUGGAGAGUUCAACAACUUUUCGGCUCAGAAACUAUUGAAUCAACCAGAAAUUUCUGAUAACUCCAGUUCACCAGAAACUUCGAGAAAAUAUGUUGAAAUUAUGGAAACCGAUGAGAUAGAAAUAGAUUUGGUUAAUGAUAAUAAUAAUAAUGAAAUUACACCUAGUCAAGAGUUACUAACAUCGUCGCAGUCAACUAUCAGUCAAAUUUCAAAUGUUUCCGAUUUUGAAACAGAAUUGUUGUCUGAAAAAAAAUACCAAAAAUAAACAUUAUCACUCCAAAUUUAGCAGCUGCGCUUGAUCGUGCAAAUGUUAGCAACAGAAAUGCUACAUAUAUUUUGGCAGCUACCUUACAGAGCGUUGGAAUAGAUCUUCGGAAUGUUAAUUUAAGCUAUAAAACUAUCCAACGAAAUCGUAUACUUCUUCGAAAAGAAAUAGCUGAAGGGUUAAAAAAAGACUUAAAGUUCAAUGAUAAUUAC